UUUUUCUGUUCCUGGCAGCUGACAUGAGGCUGGUCAGCGCCGGGGUCCGGGUCCGGAGGGCCGCAGAGCCGGCCGAACCCGAGUCGGAAGAGGCAACGGAGCCGGUUCAUCACGAGCACGCUCACUCCGAACAUCAAGAACACACACAUACAGAACAUCACCCUGGACACGAUUACAACCACAUGAAGGACAAGUUCAUGAAUGAACUGACUCAUCUGCCAAUUCCCAUGUGGGCAGUGGGAGCCAUCGUUGUGUUGGUGCUGGCUUUGGUGGCAUGCUUCAUCUUCUGCGUUUUCAAAAAAUGCUUCGGGAAAAAGAAAAAGCCCAAAAAAGUCAGAGAGAGGAAAGCAGGCAGGCGCAGAAAGGCAAAGGAAGGUGAAGGAGAGACUGGCGAGAAGGAGGGGGAGGUGAAGAAGGAAGGGGAGGAAGAGGAGAAAGAGCAGGAGAAGCUGGGGAAGCUGGAGUUUUCCCUGGACUACAACUUUACAGAUUCACAGCUUAUAGUGGGCAUUCUUCAGGCUCAGGAUCUGGCUGCUAUGGACAUGGGGGGAACUUCAGACCCUUAUGUCAAAGUGUUUUUAUUGCCAGAUAAAAAAAAGAAGUAUGAGACCAAAGUUCAGCGCAAAAAUCUCUGCCCCGUUUUCAACGAGACCUUCAUCUUUAAGAUUCCAUAUGCUGAGUUGGGCGGAAAAACAUUGGUGCUGCAAGUUUUUGACUUUGAUCGUUUCUCCAAGCACGAUAUGAUUGGUGAAAUAAAGAUUCCCAUGAACAGUGUCGACUUGGGCCAGCCGAUGCAGCAGUGGAGGGACUUGGAGAGUGGUGAGAAGGAGGAGCAGGAAAAACUGGGUGAUAUAUGCAUUUCUCUACGAUAUGUACCAACUGCUGGAAAACUGACAGUGAACAUCAUGGAGGCCAAAAAUCUUAAGAAAAUGGAUGUUGGUGGCUUAUCAGACCCAUAUGUGAAGAUUGUUCUGCAACAGAAUGGGAAGCGGAUUAAGAAGAAGAAGACAACGGUCAAGAAGAACACACUCAAUCCUUACUUCAAUGAGAGCUUCAGCUUUGAAGUCCCCUUUGAGCAAAUACAGAAAGUGCAGGUGGUCAUCACAGUGUUUGACUAUGACAAACUGGGGAGCAAUGACCCCAUUGGAAAGACCUUCAUGGGUUACGGAGCCACGGGAGUCGGACUACGCCACUGGUCAGAUAUGCUCGCCAACCCCAGACGCCCGGUAGCCCAGUGGCACACUCUCAUGCCGGAGGAGGAAGUCGACGCAGCACUCAAAGCGAAACCACGUUAAAGGAAGAUCAGGUGCUGCGAUGGAGCUUCAUGUUAAACUUUAUGUUUCCUCUAACUGCAUAAAUUUGUUUACCUUUUUGUUUCUUUUCUGAUCAUUUAAUGUGUGUAUGUGUGUGCGUGAUGUACAGGCAUUUUUUGAUAACUGACUGUUCUGAAAACUUCUACUUCUCCAAUUUACUUCUCUGUACCUCAAACCAUAAUGAAUCUGUAUUUGUACAGUACUUGGGAAACACUUUCCUGUAGAUGUGCAUUUUUUUGUUUAUGCUUUGUAAAUGUGGACAUUUA